CGUGGCUGCCUGUCAAUCACACAGGUGACUCCUCCCACCAGCUUGGGACAGGUUGUACUCCCAAGGAGAAGCUGAACGGAAAUAUUCACAGCCUGAUGAUGAACAGAAUGAAGACCUUUCUGCACUUGCUGUGUCUGUUCUGUCUCUUCGCCGUCUGCGGGGCUGCGUCAGCGCCCGAAGAAGAAUUACACGUUAAUAGUUUAUUGCAGUGUCCUGAGGAGGACAUCUGCAGCGUGGCCAGCAAAUGCUGCGUGACCGGCGUCGACAGCUACGGGUGGAUAGCAGCUGCCGUGGGCUGGAGCCUCUGGUUCCUCACCCUCAUCCUGUUCUGCGUUGGCAAAAUCAUGGACCUGCGCCCGGACGAACCCAAAUACCUUCAGGCGUGAGAGAUAUGGAACCGCCGGCCACGGGACCAAAUAACGGGCGAUGUCAUCGAUCGCGCCCCAGGACAUCAAGACAAGGAACGUCUGCAUCUGGCUAGAAGGCUGAAGAGUUUAAAGGGACAGCAAAGACUAGAAGAGUCCGACCAUUAAUCGCUUAUUUAAUUCUAAUAAAUUUAACUUUUAAACUGUUUUUUAAUAUAUUAUAAGAAGACAGGCAGCCUGUUGGUAUUUCAAGUGUACAGCGUCAUAAGGAGACAUCAUUGUUUGUGUAUAUAUAUAUAUAUAUAUAUAUAUAUAUAUAAUAUACAUAAAAACCUAUGUGAAAUAAAAAAAUAAAAAAUUCUACCAUGUUUGGAGAGACUUUUACUUUUUAUACUUUUAAUGACCCUAAAUUGUUAGAAAUAAACCAGAAAUUUGAAACUCA